UUCACCCCUCGUUCAUGUUCAUGUCGUCCUUCCGCCCGCUCAUCGCGAUCUAUGGCACGACUGGAGUAGGGAAGUCGAAAUUGGCGAUUGAACUCGCGCGGGCGCUCUCGCAGUAUCCGCGGGGGCAGGCGCCAUGGCAGAGCGCGAAAGUCAUCAACGCAGACUCGAUGCAGGUCUAUGCUGGUCUGGACGUUCUCACGAAUAAAGUUCCCUUACAUGAGAGAGAGGGAGUAGAACACCUCCUCAUGGACUUUAAGCGCCCAGGAGAACAAUACAUUGUCGGCCAGUGGGUGCAGGCCGCCAUGGACCUCAUCGAUGAUAUGCAUAAACGACGCGAGAUACCCAUUGUUGUCGGCGGUACCUCAUACUGGAUACAGCACCUGCUCUUCCCUGGCCGAUUAGCUGGCGAAGAGGUCUCUUCGUCUCCGCCCGCUGUUCGCAUGUCUCUUGAGGUUCAGCAAGCUCUUGACACGCUACCUCCACAUCUGCUAGACCUCUGGAACUACUUACCACAAGAGGCGACGCUAGUCUAUUCUGCUGGCGCUGGACUUCACAUGCACAACCUAUUGACUGCGCUGGACCCUGUCGUUGCGGCUCGGUGGCACUGGAAGGAUACUCGCAAGGUCAUCCGGUGUUUAAACAUCAUCAAGGACACUGGGAAGCGCCCGAGCGAUAUUUUUGACGAGCAGUCGAAGGUCGUGCCGAAGCCACGAUACGACUCGCUAUGCUUUUGGCUGUAUUCCGACCCCGAGGUUCUGAAGCCUCGGCUAGAUAGUAGAGUGGAUGCGAUGCUAGAACAAGGUCUGCUAGACGAAGUUCGCGCUCUCAUAGAUAUAUCCAACGACAACGCUGGCAAGCCUCAACCUGAGGACGUCGACUUCACGCAGGGAAUAUAUCAGUCGAUCGGAUACCGAGAAUUUUAUGCCUACCUUACCAACCCGCACGCUACGUCCGAGGACUUCGCAAAGGCGGUGGACGACAUGAAGACGUCGACGAGACAGUAUGCGAAGCGCCAGGUGCAGUGGAUACGAAACCAGCUGCGGCCGGUGGUGGAGGGGUCGGACCAGAGCGAGCAUAAGGCACAGUUGUAUUUGCUGGACGCGACAGAUCUGCAUCGUUGGGAUGAGGAAGUAAGAAGUAAAGGGCUGGAAGUGACGGAUGACUUCCUUGAAAAUCGUCCCAUGCGCGACCCAGUCUCGUUAUCAGAGACAGCUCGGAGUGUUCUAUCCAAAGGCCGUAAGGCACUCAGCCCUACCGCCGUCCUCGAAGCACGCCGAAAGCGGACAUGCACUGUCUGCUCCAUCGACACCGACAAGCCGGUCAUGAUUGACGAGAGCGAGUGGGACGUGCAUGUGCGGACGCGGUCGCAUAAGCGGUUGAUUGGGAGGGAGGAUAGGUUGAAGAAGAUCGCGUACUAUAAGGGGUUGAAGGCAGCGGCGAAGGCGGAGAAGGAGGGGGAGGGGGAGGGGGAGGCCGGAAAGGUAGAGUCAGAGGCGGGAAAGGCUGAGGAAAAGACGGGAGCGGCAGAGGUAAAGUCGGGAGAGGCGGACAGUGAGGGGGAGGUUGGGAAGGAUGAGGUCGACGCGUAACCAGAAUUACCCGUUCAUGUCCCAGUUUCCGGCCUAGAAAUUGAGGCUCUUACGGCCUGACUAGUCCUUUGAGCACAGAGCAGGCGAGAGCUUCGAGCUCAUAUCUCGGAC